AUGGUUGUGCUGAUUGUGAUGCUAUACGCUGUUAACUUACAGUGGUGCUGCCUUUCUUCUUUAACACUGCUUACCUAAUGUGGAUUCUACCUGCUUCCCUGUGGGCCCUGUUAAUAGCCCUCAGGCAAUGUUUGGGUGACCCAUGAAGAAAUGGAAAAUCUUGCAGCUCCAGCCAAAACGAAAGAGUCUGAAGAAGGCAGUUGGGCUCAGACCCUGGCCUAUGGUGAUAUGAAUCAUGAAUGGAUUGGUAAUGAAUGGCUCCCCAGUCUGGGUUUACCUCAAUACCGAAGUUACUUUAUGGAGUGCCUGGUAGAUGCAAGGAUGUUAGAUCAUUUGACAAAGAAAGAUCUCCGCGUCCAUUUAAAAAUGGUGGAUAGCUUUCAUCGAACAAGCUUGCAGUAUGGAAUCAUGUGUUUAAAGAGGCUGAAUUAUGACAGAAAAGAACUGGAAAAGAGAAGAGAAUUGAGUCAGCACGAAAUCAAAGAUGUGUUGGUAUGGAGCAAUGAUCGAGUCAUACGCUGGAUACAGGCUAUCGGCCUAAGAGAAUAUGCCAAUAAUAUCUUAGAAAGCGGCGUACAUGGGUCACUUAUUGCCCUGGAUGAAAAUUUUGAUUACAGUAGUUUAGCUUUGUUAUUACAGAUUCCAACACAAAACACACAGGCACGACAAAUUCUUGAGAGAGAAUACAACAACCUGUUAGCACUAGGAACUGAAAGGCGUCUUGAUGAAAGUGAUGACAAGAACUUCAGGCGUGGCUCUUCCUGGCGAAGACAGUUUCCUCCACGUGAGGUACAUGGAAUCAGCAUGAUGCCUGGCUCUUCAGAAACACUGCCAGCUGGAUUCAGAUUAACUACAACAUCAGGGCAGUCACGAAAAAUGGCAACUGAUGUUGCUUCAUCACGAUUGCAGAGGUUAGACAGCUCGACAGUUCGCACAUACUCAUGUUGACAAGGCUAGCAAAGAAGCCAGCACUGAAUUGUUUUAGGUACGAGUACAUCGAUGGAUUCAUGUGUUGGUGUUGAUAUAGAAGAGGUCAGCAAAAACUAGUAAUGAACAUAUAUGACUGGGGCAGAAGGUCAGAACAACAGAAAAGCCACAUGCACAAUACUACAUAGGACGAAUAUCAUCUCUUUCUUCUACUUUACCUGAAGUGCACUACCACUAUCUUAGGAAAGAGCAGUAAAAACUCUCUUGAAGAACAGGGUAAUAGGGAAGAGAACACAUAAAGGUUUCUCAUGCAAACAAAUGUGAUGUUCUUUUCAUGUAUUAAGUUAUUGGUUAGUUUCAAGAAGAGUAAUGAAAUACCUUAAUAAUUUUAAAAACAAACAAGACCCCCCCAAGCAUCUCUGUCGUCAUAAAUUAGGCAGUAGUGCGCAGCCAAUGCUUUUAUCAAAUGGAGCCACUCAUUUUUACAUUGUUCCACCUGUUCUACUGUAAUAUACUAGACAUUUACGUAUUUACUGUGUAUGUAUUUCUUUUAAAACGUGUAAGUCUUAUGUAAAUGGAUAUAAAUAUGAUUUUUUUAAAUAAAAUCUAUGGUACAUGGGGUCUCAGUGCAAACACUUGACGAUACAAUGUCAAAAAUACUGUUUGUAUCUUUCCAUUCCACCAUUUUUACAGUUUUUUGAUUGUAACAGUCAAAUGAAUAUGUUUAGCAGAGUUAGAAGCUUCAACAUGUUCCUACUUAAAAAUCUGUCAAUAUUUAAAGCUGAACACCUGCCUCUGAUGUAUAAUAGAAUGAUUUAACCAGGAACUGGAGCCAAAUGGACUUACAAAGGCAAACAGAAAUGUCAGAUACCUAUAGAGAAGCACUGUGAUGGCUCUCCUUUUAAAAACAAAAACAAAACUGUUUACAAGGGUCAAAAGCAAUUAUCGAAAAAUAAUUUGUUUAAAAAAACAAAACAUUCUCCUAUGUUACCUGUGGACCAAGAAGAACCUCACUUUACUAAGAGCCACCUUUAUGUUCCAAGAUCUUCACAUGUCAGCCAGCGCUGGACAGCAAUAUCUAAUUGCUGUAGAGAAUCUGAUGCUCAAGCCUCCAAUUGUAUAAAAAUAAUAAGCCAAAACCCACCAUUUCUUCAUUGUAACAGGGCAUUAGACAGACUCCUGUCUAUCGUUAUGCUUUUAGCCAAGAUGGCCUUGCUGAGACUUCACAGAAGUCAGUUUUAUCAGAGGAAAUAACUGAAAGACAGAAUGAUAAAAUAUAGUGUAUAGGAGUUUGGAAGAGCAAUUAUUACCUGCUGUGGCUUUAUUUGGUGGUGUUAUUGUUGUUUAUUCUUUGUUUAUAUGGGAAGUUUCAAAGUAAGACCUACUUAUUAGUCAUUUACCUAUUUACUAAUUUUCUGCUGCUUGAUCCUAGCUCAAGACCUGUCUUUUAGUUAUUUCUUUUAGCAGUUUGAUCUGCAAUGUUUGCACGUACAUAGACAUUUGUUUUAUUGUCAGUUUCAUUUCACAAAUUUCAGUCAAUCAGAUGGUGACAGAUUUUUCUCCCCCCCGUUGUCAAAUAAAAAAAAUUU